CCAUAUAUCAUCUCUUCCUAUUUGCAACUCAUGUUCAACGCUUUAACAUCAGCAGUUGUCAUAUACGUGCUGCUGAUGGCCAUAACAACGAUAAAGAACGAUAUCAACAACAAGAUGGAAGAAUACGCCACAGAGAUUGCCUUAGAGGUUCAGAGAUGCACAAGAUCCUAUCUGGAGAACAAAUGUUCACCGGAAACUAGAGUAAGUGCACUGGAGCAGCUGUGUACAGAAUGGGAAAGAUGUAUGAAUCGUGAU